UCUGACGGCGUAUGGCGUCUUUAUUCAUCUAACCUUACAUGCAUUCAUUUUACACACCGGACUUUACCCCGCCUCUUUGGGCAUGACGUCAUGGUGGGAGAGCUCUCCUGGCGCUCUUCACGCGACUUUUCAAACACGUUCACGCGCUCACCCCGAGAUGCUCAUUUCUCAAGGGGCAGCUAGAAGACUUCACUUCUCACUCCAGCUUUUCAGUCACCUGUAACCAGACUAUUUUUUUCUCUACGUUAUUUUUGCUUAUUUCGGGUACUUCUUUCCUCGGGGAAGGAAUAUUUCUUCGUGAAUAGAAUAUUAGAGAGAAGUAGCCUUUUUCCCCCCUCCAAGCAUGUAGGUAGCAGUGGGGAAACAUCUUACACUGCCAGCCGAAAUGGAAAAUACUGUCCAAGUGGACCAGCACCGCGCUCUGAAUCUUCAAACGAGUGGAUCUUAAUGUGCAUUUAUAUCAAAUUCAUAAUAUUACACCUCAAAGCAUUCCGUAGUUGAGGAAAAUGAUUUCUGAGGAGCGAAGCAACCAGUUUAACAAGCAAGCGCUCGGGUUUCCUAUUGGAUUAUUAAUCCGGUCCCCGAAAAAACGGCUCGCGACGCUGGGGAGGAAACCUAGCAACGGCUCUCUACAAUCCAACACAUCUGGAUGUACAACUCGAUCUGCUGAGAGUGCCGGUGUCAGGCAGCCAGCCCGAAGUAAGAUCCGCCGCCACAACAACAAGCUGACCACAGUGUUUAACCGGAGUCCCCUUCUGCAGGACAGCGGACCUGGACGCCUUGCAGGAAAUCUGGAGUUAAAUGAUGACCCCACUGAACUGUCCAGUCAACUGUCUGCCCCAGGAAUCUUAAAAAUAUUUGGCAGUGACAUCUGCCAAGGGGCUAAUUACAAGAGUGUGCUGGCCACAAAUCGCUCCAGUGCCAGAGAGCUGGUUAAAGAGGCCCUAGAGAGAUACUGCCUUGAAAAGGAAGAUCCAGAUGCAUAUGUCCUCUGUGAUGUGAUUGGGCAGACUGGGAUAGCCCACCAGUGGCAGACAGAGUGCCUCCGGGCCAUUGGUGACAACGAGAAACCUCUCAUACUACAGUCCCUUUGGAAACCCAAAGAGGGAUUCUGCAGAAGGUUCGAGAUUCACAAAAGAACAAAUAUUGAAGAUCGUAAUGCCAAAGACAGAGACACAAUCACUGCAGGCCUCAAUGCCCAAGUGCGAAAGCUACAGAAAGUCCAUUCAAGGGUCACGUCACUCUUUGUGGAUGGAAGCAGUGGGGAUAUGGACAGCGUUGGAAUCUGGAGGAGCCUGAGUGACAUGGACCUUUCUGCCAUGGGUAAGGAGGCCUGCAGGGCGAAUACAGGAAGCACACUGCAGGAGGAUCCGGAGGCCGAAGCUGACUUGGAAGGACGCUUCCUCAUCACAGAGAAGGAAGAGACAGAGAGCAGUGAUGACAACACCACACAGUACUCCAUCCACCCGCCUUUCGAUUUUCCCUACUUUCUUCUCCUUCAAGGUUACAGCCACAAACAAGACUUUGUGAUCUACCUGAUGAGUGGGAACAGCUGUGUGUUUGGCUGCUGUGCUGGGCAUGGUGAGGAUAGAGAGCAGUUGAAGGUAGAUGUGGUGCUCUAUGCCCCUGAUGUGCUCCCUCAACACUGCUGCGUGCAGCACCUGGAUGUUCCCAGAGCCCAAGCUGACGGUAGCAGGAGAACUCCAACCAUACUAAAGCCCCUCCAUGGAGCCUCCGUAACCCACAACGGUGUGCAGUUACAGGGCGAAGCGGAACUCUUUCCAGGUGACCUAAUAGGCUUGGGCCAGCAUUACCUCUUCAUGUUUAAGGACCCCACAGCUCCUGACGUCCAGCGCAUACCCACCUGGAUGACCAGUCUUUCUCCCCCAGCUUCAGCCUCAUCCUGUAAUGCCUGUGGUUCCUAUGUAAGAAGGCACAGGACCAGCAGGAGGGUCCCAGCCUGCUGGAGAGACCUGAACGAGAGAGUGCUUUCUCUUACCUAUGAACUGCACCAAGAGGACCAGGUGUUGGAGAAGAUCCUCACCUUGGUGGACCCUAGCGGACCGGAGCCCAAACUAAUUCCAGCCUUCCUGCUCUGUUUGUGCAUUCAGCAUUCAGCUGCUAGCUGGGAGAUGACAAACUUUCGCAAACUGUUGCUGCAAAUCGCAAACCAAAUCCAACUUGCCAUGUUGGAGAGGACAAAAGAGCUUGCAGCACUUCAGCCAGACAAUGGAGCUGGAGACGGACAGCCAGAACCGGAGGCGAUUUGUCUGCUGAGCAUGACUGAGCUGAUUCCAGGCCUGCAGCCGCUCGUGUUAUGGAUGGCCAACUCCAUUGAACUGUUGCAUUUUAUUCAGCACGAGGUGCCCCUACUCCUGCCAUGGACACAGCAUGAUGCAGAGCAGGACAAAGAAUUGUUAAAUUCACAGAUCUUGUCUACACGUAUUGCCAGUGAAGAGGCCAUGACUGUCUUAGAGGAAGUCAUCAUGUUCACUUUCCAGCAGACUGUCUAUUACCUUACAAGAAGAUUGUAUUCAGUGCUACCAGGAUUGCUAGAUAGUAACCCUUUCUCUGAGAAUGGACAGCUGUGCAUGCCUGUGGGUGUUAGCAAUGUACUAGAUGUCCUAAAGGAAGCAUUACAUUUGCUCAACACCUUCAAAGUGCACUCAGAGAUAUCCUCACAGCUUCUGGCCUAUCUCUUCUUCUUCACCAAUGCCUCACUCUUCAACAUCCUUAUGGAGAGAGGUUCAGGCGGUGGGUUCUACCAGUGGUCCAGAGGAGUACAGAUCCGAGCCAACCUAGAUUUGUUGAUGGACUGGACCCAAAGUAUUGGCUUGGGUGACCUGGCAGCAGAGUUCUUCCAGAAACUCUCCUCAGCAGUCAACCUACUGGCCACCCCUAAGGAGACUUUACUACAGAGCUCCUGGUUGUCUCUUCGAGCCGAGUUCCCACACCUCAAUCCAGCACAACUUCACCAUAUGCUGAGAGAAUACAACUCCAGCAGGGCCUGUCCCUCCUGCUGGACCCCCUCCCCAGAGGAAGCAGAAGCUGCCCUCCAAACCUCUGAAAUUCUGGAGAGCUUUGACAAUCAUCCUCCGCUUAUCCUGCCCAACAACACCUUUCACUUGGAGGUGGGGAAGUCCAUCACAGAGCCUGCUUUCUUGUCCCACCUUAAGAGCCUGCAGGAGUUCAUCCACAGCCUCCCUAUCAACCAGAUACAAAAUGAACUACAACCACUGCAGGACAACAGCACUGACCGGCUAGAAGCUACUCAAAUAGUAUCUUCCCCAUCCAACUCAGAAUUGAAGUGCCUUGGGUCCAUCAAAGCCACUAGUCCAACCAUUCAUUCAUGUGAUUAUAUAGCAGAGCAACAGCAAUGCUUGUCUGCCUCACCUCCUCACCUCAGGGGCUUCCACAAUUCUCUAGGCUCUUAUGAAGCACUCUUGUCUCAGAAGCUGAAGAGCCUGGAGCUCCAGAACAGCCUGAAUGGGGAAACAGACCUGCGCUCACACAAGAGCCUGGCCUUGGACCCAUCCUGCCUACUAACCCCACCCAACACACCCCAAGGCCUGGAGCUCUCUGAACAUGAGGCCAGUCUACAAGAAGCGGCAACACAAAAUGCCAAAGAGAAUUGUCUUAGAGGAAAUGCAGAUGGGAUGACAGAAGUAGAAGAGGAUGGGGAUGGGCAAGAUGAGGUGUUCACAGUAGAAGUGUCAAGAGGACCUCAUGGGCUCGGCCUAGCGCUGGUGGACGGACUGAAAUCUCCACUGGGGAUGAAUGGGAUCUAUAUAAAGUCAGUGGUGCCAGGCUCACCAGCUGCUCAGUGCCAGAAGCUCAGGUUUGGUGAUCGUAUCCUGGCUGUGAACGGAGUCAGUCUUGUAGGCAUGGACUACCAGACUGGUAGGGAGAUCAUCCGGACAUCAGGAGAUUCUCUCCGGUUGCUAGUGGCCAAAACUGAGGCCAGCAGCAGUUGCAGGAGCUCCAGCACCAGAUGCUAAACAGUGGGGGACUGUCCUGUUUCCACUGUGGGUUUUCCGGACAGAUUACUGGAAUUUUUGUUCUUCCAGCACAAAAAUUGGGACUUUUACGCUUUUCCAAGCUGCUGGCCGAAAUCCUCAGACCUAUGUUUGUUUGCUGUUUUUUUUAAACAAGAAAAAUACCAAGUAUCAGUCGAAUAAUCCUAGCAAAUAAAAUAUUCUGAUGACUUUAGCAAGGCCAGUUUUCUUCUAAGUUUGGAAUUUGGACUCCCUGUGGGUGAAGUUUUAAUUAUUUCUAAUUGAAUACAAAAAAUGCAUAUCACAUGACUUAAAACCAAUGUUUAUUCCAGUAAGUUAAUUCAGCAUGCAUCUUUUUGUCGUCAGCAUUAAAUGCAACACAAUUCAGGUUUGGCUGGAAAUGACUGUGGCUCAGAUUUUAUCCUGUUAUUUGUUUGCCUGUUUUAGCAUCAGUGAUCCAAUCACUUAUCCUACAUAUGCAGGCAUGUACACAAUAUUACAGUAAUAUCAAUGAAAAAGAAUUAUAUAUAUUUUUUUCAAUAUAUGUUAACCAAAGUUUGGCUUGUAUCAAGUAUUGCUUUUAAUUUGUUCUGGUCAGAGCAAAGUAUUUCUACUGAAUAUGCUCAAAGCCAUGGAUCAAAUUUCCAACUACUAGUUUUGUCUGUUUCGCAGCAGACAUUCAUGAGCAUCACGUAAUAUAUUCAGUAGUAUAUAUUUUCUCAGUGCCGUGGAAACAGUAUUACAUUGGCAUUAUUGAUAUUGUAGAAAUUUAUUUUGUUUGUGAUAUUUAUAUGCUUUUCUAUUCUAUGUGAAAUAAAUAUUGCUCAUUUUUAA